CAGGAGCUGCAGCAGAAGGGUGGCAGGCGAGAGAAAUGGUAGCAAACUGCUAAGUGGUAAGUGGAAAGCCCUAUAAACCGCCAGUGGAAAGCGCUGUAAACGCUGUAUUCUUACAGCUAGGUUGCCAAAAGGAAGUGCUCUUGCCUCGAGAUUGGCAUUUGCAAUGGCUUCCUCCACCCUGCACCGCUUCCUUCUCUUCCUCACUCUGACGGCAGCCGCAGCAAGCACCCUUGCAGAGCCGGCCUGGGAGCGCGAGAUAGCGGACGUGCGAGACUGGAUCGAAACCAAGUUCACCGAUGGCGUGCAUGCAUUUGAAGAAGAGCUCUCCGCUUCAAGACUGAAAGCCUUUGCUUCAGAGCUGGGGGUGUCGUCCCCCCAGGCGAUGGAGGGGGUGGGGGCUGCUGAGAUGCUAGAAACCCUGGGGAAAGAGGCCCUGUCAGAAGUGGUGUCGUCAGGGGAGGGAAGAAGUGAGGAGGCGGGGAAUGAGGAAAGCAGAAGGGAGGGAUUGUUGGUAGAGAGACCACUGAACCUAAUGCCGGCUGGGGAGAAUGCUGAUAAGGACCUGGGGCACUACGCAGGGUACUUCCGCCUGAAUCGGACGCACGAUGCAAGGAUGUUCUACUUCUUCUUUGAGUCUCGCGGCAACAAGUCGACCGACCCUAUCGUCCUGUGGAUGACGGGAGGUCCCGGGUGCUCGAGCGAGCUGGCAGUCUUUGCGGAGAAUGGCCCCUUCCAGAUCGACAACGAAACACUGGAACUAAGCUGGAAUCCAUAUGGCUGGGACAAGGUGUCCAACCUGGUGUAUGUGGACCAGCCUAUUGGCACCGGCUUCAGUUACAGCCACGAUCCGCGUGACAUCGUGCACUCCGAGAAGGGCGUGUCUGAGGACAUGUACGAUUUCCUGCUGGCCUUCUACGAAGCGCACCCCGAGUACAAGGACCACGACUUCUUCAUCACCGGCGAAUCGUAUGCUGGCCACUACGUCCCCGCGGUCGCCGCCAAGGUGCACGCCAUGAACAAGGCCAAGCAGGGGCCGCACCUCAACCUCAAGGGCAUUGCAAUUGGGAACGGCCUCACGCAACCCGACAUCCAAUACGGCGCAUACGCCGAUUUCGCGUACCAGAACCACCUGAUUUCCAAGAUCACGUACGAGGGGCUGCGCAUCAAGUACCCGGUUUGCGCCAUGGCCAUCCACGCGUGCGGCACCAAGGGCUCCAUCAGCUGCAUUGCGGCGCUCUACAUCUGCCAGACGAUCGUCGUGCGCAUACUGGCGGAGGCGAACAACAUUAACGUGUACGACAUCCGCAAGAAGUGCGACGUCGCGCCGCUGUGCUACGACUUUUCGUACCUGGACCGCUUCCUGAACCAGCCCGCCGUCAAGAAGGAGCUCGGAGUGGAGGACCGCUACUGGGUGGCCUGCAGUCCAAAGAUUCAGACGGCGAUGCUGGCGGACAUCAUGCGCAGCCUGGAGCCCAAGAUUCCGGCGCUCCUGGAGGACGGAAUCCGCUUUCUGAACUAUGCGGGCGAGUUUGACUUCAUCUGCAACUGGGUCGGCAACUCUCGGUGGGUGGCGGUCAUGGAGUGGUCGGGCCAGGAAGCGUACAACAAGGCGCCCUGGGUUAACUUCACGGUUGACGGGCAGUUAGCCGGUAACUUCACCGGAACCGACCAGCUCGGGUUUCUCAAGGUGAAGGACGCGGGACACCUGGUCCCAAUGGAUCAGCCGAAGAACGCACUUGAGAUGCUGAGGAGGUUCGUACGUGGAGAAAAGAUGGCCGAUGAAGCUGCACAGCCUCUCGCUUACGUCAUCUGACAGGGAGGUCGCCCAUUGAUUUCUCAGUCAAAAAGCUGUAGGUCAAAACCUGCUAUACUGUAGAUUUUGUAGACUUUCAAGACGACUUGCAAGCAAGCUUGUGUAAAAUAGUCAAGUGGUAACAUCUUUGUUCUUUCUGUGCUGCUCAAAUUGGCCUCCAUUCUAGUGCGACUUUUGUAAGGUACUUAUGAAGUCGUGAUCAAGUGCUUAUUAUAUUUGGGACUUGGGUGCCAGUCCCGACUUCUUUUCCAAAUGGCCUCU